AUGAAUAAUAACGCUUGGGAAGAUGCAUAUGGCGAUGAAACUACUGGUCCAUCGACAGUAGUCUUUUUUCCAGAUAUGUCAGAAUUUGAAAAACAAGAUCAAAAUGAAGAGGAGAAUAAUUCAAAUGAAGGAAUUGCUUCCGAUUGGGCUCUUAAAAAGAUUGGAACUUUGCAAGCACGCUUGGAAGCGAUACAAAACGCCAAAGAUUCAAAACGAUUCUCUGGAUCAAAUUUCUACCUGAAGUUUUCAUCAAGUGUUAUUUUCAACUUGGCGAAUGAAGUAUUUGGCUACAAUGGAUGGUCGUCUGAGAUUAUUAGUUCCCAUUUGGUGCACGAGCAACUUAACGAAGAAAAUAACGAAUAUUCGGUCAAGUAUAAUGUUGUCGCUCGUAUAAUUUUGAAAGAUGGCACUUACAACGACGAAUUGGGUACGGGGGAGGCUUCAAACAUGCCACACAAAAAUAUGUGCUAUAACAAAGGUAAGAAACAAGCAAUCACCGAUGGGUUAAAAAACUCUAUUUUAGGGUUGCGGGACCUACUUCUUGAGAACGAAUUAAAGAAUUUCGAAAGAGUUGAACAAGGUAAGACGUAA